GAAUGAACUCAAAAAAAGGCGGCGUCAAAUAGAUGGAUGGAUAGACGAAAGAGGAGAGCGGAGAGAGAUGGGCAGCGAACCGGAGGUGAUGAGGGAUAAGGCGGCGAUGCGGUUGUGGUCGCGGUCGCGUCGAUCGCAGGGAAAGACGGUGGCUCUCGUGCCUACCAUGGGCUUCCUUCAUGACGGGCACCUCGCUCUCAUCCGCACCGCCCACCCCCUCGCCGACCUCACCGUCGUGUCCAUCUACGUCAACCCUGGCCAGUUCGCCCCCUCCGAGGACUUUUCCACCUACCCAUCCGACCUCACCGGGGACCUGAAAAAACUCGCCGACCUUGGAAUCGUCCACGCCGUCUUCUGUCCCUCCAACCUCUACGAUUACGAGGGCGGAUUUUCGGAGAUGUCCACCGCCGAUCGUGUCAGCUCUGCCGUUUCGUGCAUCGAAGCGGAAGAUGAUGGGUCAGGACACGAGACCUGGAUCAGGGUGGAGAAGCUAGAGCGGGGAUUGUGCGGGAAGAGCAGGCCGGUCUUCUUUCGAGGAGUGGCGACCGUAGUGGCGAAGUUGUUCAACAUAGUGGAGCCUGACGUCGCGAUCUUUGGCAAGAAGGAUUAUCAGCAAUGGCGCGUCAUUUGUCGAAUGGUACGCGAUCUUGAUUAUGCAAUUAAAAUAGUUGGAUCAGAGAUUGUACGUGAAUCUGAUGGUCUUGCUAUGAGCUCUCGCAAUGUGCGGCUCUCUCCUGAAGAGCGAGUGAAGGCCUUGUCCAUCUACAACUCCAUGUCAAAAGCUAAGUACACUGCAUUGCAUGAGCAAACCACCUGCCAAGAAAUUAAAGAUAUUGUCAUUCAGAUGGUUGACAAGGCUGGUGGAAGAAUUGAUUGUGUCGAGGUAGUCGAACAAGAAAGUCUGGUAGCCGUGGAAGACAUCCGCACUCCUGUUGUGAUUUGCGUUGCAGCUUGGUUCGGCAAAGUUAGAUUGAUUGACAACAUGGAAAUCAACCCAUGUGGCAUAUAAUGAUGCAAUUGUUGGACUUGAAUCUGUGAUCAGUAGCUUGCCAGUAGUUAUCGUCGUCCUUUAGGCUUCGACCUUCAUAAACUGCAGCAUCCAGAAGUUGUUGCGCACCUUUACUUUUGAAUACAAGUAUAAAAGAUGCUUGUUGUGAUUGGUCUUCUUCCUCGUGAUACUUGUUGACAUACAUGAGAGUUGAAAAAAUCCAGGCCAGAUGUUGCCAUUUCUGAUGUCUGUAAAAUCUUUUCCUUUCCGAAUAUCAUUUUUUUUUUCAUCUUAGUAGUAUUUUUAUCUUA